UUGCACUUUGCAGAAAUACAUUUUACAUCUCUCAUGCGUUGUCCAUUUUUCUGGUUCUAGAAUUUUCUGUGGAUAAACUGUUUCCUACCUCGGUUGAUUGAUUGACCGUUGUGUUGACCAUUUUCGCUUUAAAUUAGACUUCUGGACGACGUGCAAAUCAUAUCCUUGAUUGAAAUUUGUGUUGUUGAAUGUUGGAACUGAAGUUGAAGUGAACGAGUUCACGUUCUGCGCGCGCUGCAGCCAACAUACACUGGCCAGUGGUGGCCGUGCAUGCAGUUCCUGUUUUGAUUUAUAAAAGGAGCUUGUAGUGAAUGAUCUGUCCGAAAGAUAUGUAUAGUUUUGAAGGCGAGUUCAAAAGACGUCCAGUGGUUUCACUGAGAGGAGCCAGUAAGAAGGAAGAAACGUCAUCUCUUCUACAGCGUACUCAACAUGAAAGAUUAAAAAGAGAGGAGGAGAGAAGGAAGCAGCACAGUGCCACAAUCAUCCAAUCCUUUGUGCGUGGAUCACUGAUCAGGCUCAGACUUAAAGCUAAGCUUAGGAAUGAAUGGGAUGCUGAGAUGGGGCGUGUCCAACAAGGAGGAAAGGGUAGAUCAUCAUCGUCAUCAUCGUCUACUUUGAAUGCAGAAACCCUGCUGUCAUUGCAGUCUCAAUUGAUCUUAUUCUUCAGGGAGGAUUUAGAUUCACAGAGAUUGAUUAUAUUAUGUCAGACUUUCCUGAAGCAUCAACAUCUGUGUGUAGAGCUGCUGAUCCACCAUCAUGCUACCUGGCUGCAUCAGAUCAGGAAAUUGUUGCUCCUGUGUUGUAGAAUGUUAGGAGGUGAUUCCCACGUACCUAUUGCUGUGCCUCUCAGGAUGUUAGAAGUGUUUACAGAAGGAGCCUUAUACCAGCAAUCACAAAGGCUGUCGGAUGCAGAUGUAGAUUUAGCAGUCUCUGACACAUUGCUGUAUCUUGUACAAAACGGUUACUACAGAUAUAUCAGGAUAUUAAUGGACGAACGCUUACCACCCGGAAUAGAAUAUCCCAACCAUCCACCAUUAGCAGAGACGACACUUCAGUUGGUUUAUAGACCAUCCAGGCUGGUUAGAAGGCUACACAACCAGGAGACUAACAGCAAGCUGGUUCUUCGCUGUCUGUGCAGGGAGCUUCUUUGUCCUAAGUUCAGUGAAUCAAUUGGCUCACUUCUGUUACCAGCCGUCAUUGAAGCGUCAUGUACCUUCCCUGUCUCUAAACUACUCCAAGCCAUCGUAUCCACCAAUCAGAGUGCAGCAGGAAUGACCGUGUGUCAUUUACAUGUGGACGAGUCACCUUGGUUGCUGUAUUCCGUGAUGACACUAGUUCCACCUGUGCUAACAUCUCUUGAUAGUGAAGACAUCUUGAGAUAUCUGUACCUGAUCAAGCUGUUACUUCCUACCCUACCAAGUGCAAGUAACAAUGAUGAUGAUUCAGACCACGACCUUGAAGAAGAAAUGGAAACAAGUGACCCUGAAUUUAGAGGAGCAUCCUCUUUGAUGGAGAUCCGAGAUGAGUGUCUUCAGAUAUUAAGCAUGUCUACGUAUGCCCAAAAUCUCCUUGCUGUGGUCUCUCAGAGUGACAUCUCUGUCCUGACAGCCCUGUGCAGUAUCUGCCACACGCUCAUGGUCAAACACAGCAUGCAUGUCCCAAGAACACCGUUAUUAUAUUUACUAGCAUUCAAUGAGCGAUUCCUGAGACAUCUGUGGGAAGCAAUCAAGUCAGUGUCAGCAACAGGACUUACUGGGUCCCACACACCUCUCAUCCAAAUGUUGUCCAGUGGCUACCCUCUCUCACCAGCUGAUGGCAGCAGGAUUAUCCCACUACUUUCUGUCUUCUCUUCACUCUUUGGUCACUUGCUCCUGUCUCUUCACGAUGCUGAAUUCCAUGGGGAUAAUAGAGGGGAAUCUCAUCGGAGCCUAAUGCCAUUCCAACUAGAUGAGCUUGUUCAUAUGAGCCUGAUACUACGCAAUGCCUGUCUAGGCAUGAUAGAGUCUGCACAUCCAGAAAGCAGACCCAGUGUCACCAAGGACUACAGGCAUGCUAUGGCAAGCAUGGGGGUCAUAUCACAUGAUGACUCAACAGAAGAAACAGCUUUGUGGAUGCAUGUUUUUAAGGUGACAGCUCAUUUGGUGAAGCAACUCCAUGACAGAGAUAUGAGGAGGUCAUUCUGCCCCCCAGGUCAUUGGCUAGCAUCCCAUGUCAGUAUCUUCACUGAUAACAAGGUCAAAGGAUCAGGAGGUCGUUAUGUCCAUCCAUCGCUGAGGCCCCAACGUCUGCAUAUCCUGCCAUCCACUAUGGCAGUAGAGGAAGGACCACCUCCAAUGUCCACACAUGAGAUUCGCAAGAUGACUAUUCUGGCUGAGAUGCCAUUUGUUAUCCCAUUUGAAGACAGAGUCAAGAUUUUCCGGGACUGGAUUCACCGUGACAAGGAGGAGCAUCAGGGGGAGUUUGCUAUUUUCACUCCUGGACGUACAAUAGAUAUCAACGUCCGACGAGAUUUUAUUUAUGAGGAUGCCUAUGAUAGGUUACGGCCAGAAAAUGAGCCGAGUUUGAAGAAGAAGCUGCGUGUUGUCAUGAGAAAUGUCCGGGGUCUUGAGGAAGCUGGAAUCGACGGCGGAGGGCUGACAAGAGAGUUCCUCUCAGAGCUUCUUAAGACUGGAUUUGAUCCCAAUCGAGGCUUUUUCAAGACAUCCACAGAUGAGCUACUGUAUCCUAAUCCCCAGGCAUCCCAGCUGGAACCUGACUACCGGAAACACUACUACUUCCUGGGAAGAAUGCUGGGCAAGGUUUUGUAUGAGAAUCUUUUGGUUGAGCUUCCCUUUGCCAGUUUCUUUCUGACCAAACUCUUGAGCAAGCAUGCUGAUGUGGACAUUGAUCAGUUAGCAUCCUUGGACCCUGAGGUCUACAAGAAUUUACUAUCUCUGAAAGACUACACUGGUGAUGUUGCUGAUCUCAACCUUGACUUCACAGUUGUUGAUAAUGACUAUGGAGCAACACGUGUUAAUGUGCUAAAGGCAGGGGGCCAGGAUAUUCCAGUUACUGCCACCAAUCGUAUUGAGUACAUCCAUCUAAUGGCAGACUACAGGCUCAACAAACAGAUGCGUCCACAUAUCUUAGCCUUCCGUCAGGGUCUUGCUAAUGUCAUUGAUGCUGAGUGGCUUCAGAUGUUUGAUCAUCAAGAGUUGCAAGUCUUAAUAUCAGGAGCACUGGUUCCAAUUGAUUUGGAUGACCUCAAGAGAAACACCAAAUAUUCAGGUGGCUACACUGAGGAUCAUCCCUUGAUUGAGACCUUCUGGAAGGUGGUGGAUGCAAUGGAUGAUGAGCAGAAGAGAGCAUUGCUCAAAUUUGUCACAAGCUGUUCUAGGCCACCAUUAUUGGGCUUCAAGGAGUUGUAUCCUCCGUUCUGCAUCCAGUAUGGUGGGAGUGAUGAGGACCGGUUACCAUCUGCUAGUACAUGUAUGAACCUUCUCAAGUUGCCAGAGUUCAAACAUGAAGAGAUGCUGCGAACAAAACUGCUAUAUGCCAUUGACUCAGGUGCUGGCUUUGAAUUGAGCUAAGUUUCUAUAAUAACCACCUGUCUCCAUGACAUGGAACCACUGUGGACAGGUUACCAAUUCAUUGCAAGUUGCUUCCAUACUUGUAGUUUGAGAAAGGCCAUUUUCUAAUGAAUGCUACCCAGAGAUUCAAAGAGCACUUUGUGUGGGAUGAAAACCUUAUUGUCCUUGAUUAAUUGAUGGUCAGAGACAUUCAGAUGUGCUUCUGCCUGUUUUUGUUGGCCAUUGCUUAUGAACACAGUACUUGAAUAGUAGAUGGUAUUGGGGCUACUCAAGACAUCUGCUGUGUGCAGGACGCACCAUUUGAACACACUGGUUCACAUGCAUAGGGUGCAAAGUACAUACAACCUGUGUGUGUGCUGUUUGCUUGGGGUCUAGUGUGUUGCAGUCUGUUUAACUCUCUCGUCACCGUUGAAACAUCACAUGUGUAUGGAGUCCAUUGCAUCAAAUCUGGUGUAUUUGACACCAAGUCACACCCUUUCCAAAAUCGAAAUCAACAGCAGUAAAACCUCUUAUAUAUGCAGAUCAUUUGAUUUGGAUGUAUGUUUUGUGCACGCUUACUUGCUAGCUUGGUGGCUUGCUGGUGUGCUUUCUUUGUAAGGGGUCGGUUGGUUGGUCACUCAUUUGGUCCAUCAAAUAGGUAGAUUGAUUAAUUAAUUGAUUGAUUGAUUUAUUGACUGAUUGAUUGGAUUAAUUAGUAAAUUAAUUACUGCAUUGAUCAGAUUUAUCAAAUUGAUUGAUUGAUCGGAUUGAAUAAUCAUACUUCUUAUGCUUUUUAUAUUCAAACAUUUUUGAACGUGGAUUAAGGGAUAUAUUAGAAGGAAAAAAAAGACAUUUUUUUUUAAUUAUUGUACAUGUUAUUACCGGUACUAGAUAUCUACAACAAAGCAAUAUGUUUACAAUUUUGUAGCAGACAACAUCCAUUAAGAGAACUUUGAUGUGCAGGUGUGAAUGUGAGAUUGAUGGUAAAAUGUCACCAUGGUCCUCAUGCGUAGGAUAUGGUCAGACCAUUUGAAACACUGAAGUUACAUGUGUGAAAAACAUGUCUACAUAAUAUGGAUUCAUUAAUACAUAUAUUCUCACCCAGUCUCCUAAUACUGCACAUAGCAAGGUUGAAAAAGCCAUGCUUUUCAAUAUGAAACCUUUCAACUUUGACAGCCUAGUUUUUAUAGAGGACUCAUACCUCAAAGGAAAGCAGUCACUUCUUUAUCUGUCUCAUUGCUGAGAAAGUCCAGAUGAAAGAGUAAAUUAAAUGUCUGUACCAAUGGAUUUCCUGCACAAGUACCCCCCCCCCCCCCACACACACACACACACACAGUUACUAAGAGAGAGUUGGUGGAGACUAGUGGAGACAACGGAAACGGAUGUUCAAUGUCAAACAUUACCGUAUCUCACACAAUGACUACAGGUUUGCAUGUGCUCACUCAGAAUAAAAUUUGUUGUGUGUAAUUCGCACCCUACGUGUGUGAAAUAGUGUGCAAACAUGGUGGUCCUUCUCCUCCCCCCCCCCCCCCCCCCUCCCCGGGGCUUUUGUUCAGGCACGCAGUCCAAAUAUAUGCACACGCAUGCAUCAUACGCAUAUACAUGUACAUUUUAUUUGAAAGAAAUCAGAAAAGAUGUUUGAUUCUUCUUUUACUUCACCUAUAAUAUAAAAAAAAACUGGUAAUUAUAGUUUAUUUUGAAUAUUAAUUGAGACGUUGAUGUUGGCUUACAUUGGAUUGAGAUGAUGGUUAAAUCCUUCUUGGAAUCCAAUAGCAGGACAUCUUUUUGUACAUUUAUUUUUAAAAACCUAUAAGAAAAGGAAUAAAACAGGUGCUUGUAGAAACAAUUCUCAAACUUUUCAUAUUUAUAAGUAUAUAUGUGAGUUGUACUAAUGUAUUCAAACUGCAUUUUGUACAUGCCAUGUGUAAUAUGAAUGAAUUUUUGAAAGACAUUCUGUAGAAUUUCUGUGUCUGUUGUGCUUUAGAAGCAACAGAAGUUCACAAUUCCUGUGUUAAAAAAAUGAUUGAUUUCUAGCUCGGGAUAAGAACUAGCAUUUUGAAAAGCUGUGGCAUACAAUUCAAAUUCUUCCUGUAUGCCCUUCUCUUUUAUACUGUCUUAAAUAAACAUUAAAAUUAAACUUUUAUGGAAUUAAAGAUGUAUUUUAUUGGUUAAAGGAAAUAUACAACAUUUGCUUUUGCUUAUAGCAAAUAUUGUUAUUCCAAACAAGUGAGUGUAACCAUGGAGCUCCAUGGUCCGAACAGGCCAGUAAGGUAUUUCGUGAUAAUUUGGUAGUUUUUUUUUUUUUUUAUGUUUGCAAAUGUUGCAUGUUCCCUUUAAGGAUGAUCCAUUGGACAUCAGAGAGUCUUGCAACUGAAUAGAAUGGCUAAGCUUUGCCUGAAGGCAGUUUUGUAUUGUAAUAUUUAACUUAUGAACACUCUGUUGACUAUAAAUAUGUAUGUUAUAAACAUGAUUUAUAAUAAAGUUCUAUAUAAUAAAUGUAUUUUUUUUAUUUA